CAACACACGCGGGCACUCUAUGUAACUGCGCGCGUCGGCCGCCAACCCAACAUGGGCCCAUUUGGAACUUCCUUCACCACGAACAUUAUUUUUUACGCACGCAUCGCGACACAACCUGCUGCCCGCUCGUGUGCAGCUCCAAUCGCUUUUUCGGAACGCCUCAGUCGUCCCCCCAUUCACCCACACCGGCGCUGCGAGAAUAGGCCCAUCUCUUGUCGUCGCGCAAGCAAGCAAGCAAGCAUUGAAGGCUUCCUCCUCUUCAUGCGAGCUCCACCUCGGCGUUGGCGCCACAACAUUGGGUGAACGGCCCGGAUCCUCUAAUGCGGUUGCACGACGGUAUCUCUUUACUCGUCUACCACUACUAGUGCCAGCAAUGCUGCAUCCCUCGCCUGCUCGAAUCCGCACCCGCAGCUCCUGACUCUACGUCGUUCGUGACGCGAGCCACCGCCCGCUCGUCGGGCCCCGUUUCCCCAGCUCACCCGAGCGGGGGCACCGCCAUAGCACCACCACCACCACAACCACCACCUUGACUCGGCGCGUCAAAAAAAAACGAGCGAGGCCAAAACGUUUGGACCCUGCAGACGGAAACGCGCGUGCCUCGCUCAGGAUGCCGACGCAGCAUGUCGACCCCGACGCCGACGAGCACCUCGAGGGUGUCGCCAAGGCACUCCUCAAGGCGCGCAAGGUCGUCGUCGUCACGGGCGCCGGCAUCAGCACCAACUCGGGCAUCCCGGACUUUCGCUCCGAGAAUGGCCUCUACUCGCUGAUUCAGGCCCAGUUCGAUGCCGCCGCGCGACAGGCGCGUCUGGCCGAGGCGGCGGCGGCGGCUGCCAAUGCCGACAAGGACGCGUUCGACGAGGAGCGUCCCAGCAAGCGACGCAAAAUAUCACGCGAAGGCUCUGUCGACGCGCUCGAGGCGGAACCAGAACAAGUCAAAGAGGUGAAGACUGAAGAGAUUUGCGAGUCGAUUACCGUCCAGGUAGACUUGCCCCCGUUGCAAGACGACGACACAGAGACGGCGGCGCCCCAGCGCGACGAGAAGCUAGAGCUUGCAUGCUACAGCACACCUCGCAUUGGCCCGAUCAUGGCGAUGCCGGCACACUUCACGACCUCGCCGCUGUCGUCGCCUCCACCCGAGGAUUUUCUCCUCCCUCCCUCCACACUUCGGCAUACUCACCGACGCCUCAUGGACGUGGCCAUGCCGCUCAGUUCCUCGCCGCUGUCAUCCCCGCCUCCGGUCCUUUUCGACCCGUUUGUCCCCGGUUCGCCCUCUGAUGCGAGCUCUGGCCGGCGGAGCAGCACGUCUCCCUCAGAGGUGGACGACAGUAUCCCAUCUUCUAACCCCCUUAGCUGCUCGCAAACCUCAUCGCGGAACACCCUACCAAACAUGAAGGGCAAGGACUUAUUCGACGCCAACAUUUGGUCCGACCCCAUCAGGACGUCCGUCUUCUACACAUUCGCCACCUCGCUGCGGCAGAAGAUCAAGGAGGCAGAGCCGACCGACUCUCACCGAUUCAUCAGCCACCUUCGAGACCGGGGCAAGCUCGUGCGCUGCUACACGCAAAACAUUGACCAAAUCGAAGAGAAGGUCGGCCUUUCAACAUGCCUCCAGCACGGACCUGGCAGUAGGGGACGGUUUUCCCGGCGAUCCACGGCAAAUGCCAGCCAGCUGAACAAGAUGGUCGAGGAAGCCUCAACGACGGACGGUGAGACGCGCAACACUGAGAGCUCGAGUCUGCCCGAAUCGAGUCAGCAAUCCCAAAGUCUACCCGAGUCGGAAUCUAGCCAGCAGAGUCAGGAACCUCCGACGGACGAGAACAGCACGCCAGCAACAGACACGGAGACACCGUCGACGGACCAGGGAAAGCUGCAGAUGCGAGCGCAAAAGCCUCGAUCUGGUGUAGAGUGCGUGUUUCUACACGGCUCCCUAGAACUUCUCAGAUGCUUUCUCUGUGGCAAGCUCUGCUCCUGGGACGACGAGGAACGCGAAACCCAGACCUUGGCGGGACAGCAGCCCGAAUGUCCGCACUGCGUCGGCGCGACUGUUGCUCGCGAAGAGAGAGGCAAGCGGCGGCUGGGCGUAGGCAAGCUACGGCCCGAUAUCGUCCUCUACGGAGAAGACAACCCCAACACACCGCUCAUCCACCCCAUCGUCACCCACGACCUGGCGCUCUAUCCAGACAUGCUUCUCAUCUUGGGAACGAGCCUGCGUGUACAUGGCCUCAAAGUCAUGGUGAGGGAGUUUGCCAAGGCCGUACACAGCAAGGGUGGCAACGUGGUGUUUGUCAACUUUACCAAGCCACCCGAGAGCUCAUGGGGCGAUGUUAUCGAUUACUGGGUGCAGUGGGAUUGCGAUGCCUGGGUCGCGGACCUGCAAAACAGGAUCCCAAAGCUCUGGCAGGAGCCCGAGCCACCGCGUCCAAAGAAGAAGCGGGAGUCGACCGAAGGCAAGGAGGAGAGCAAGAAGCCGCCUCCGGCGAACCCCGUGGCGCUGCGAGAUACCAAGGUCACCGGCGCGUAUUGGACGUACAAGGUGCUUCAGGAGCUGCAUCGAAUCACAGGGACGACGCCACCUCCUGCUCGUCGCGCCUCGAUCUCCGCCCCCUUGGACGCAGCCCAUGGCGCCAUCGAGGUCGCUACUGGUGCCCUCGACAAGGUUGCUAAGCCGAAGCAACGCAGACCGAGAAAGUCGGCACCGGGCGUAUUAGAGAAGCCAAAACGGACCUCAUCUACGCUCAAUCCCAAUCACGGCAGAUCUAAGAAGUCUACACAUGAUUCUGCGCAAACGACAGUUGUCUUGCCGGACGCAUCUCUCGAACGCAGGGCUAGCAUCAGCUCAAUUCUCAACUCGGUCAAGGAGAACCCAAGGAUCCGAAAGAGAAAGAAGAUUGACGGCGAGGAGGUACCGGCGCCGUUUGUCGGGAGGAGACGAACGCCCGUCCAGCCGGCCAACAAGGCAGCGGCAGCGGAGCUCAAGCUCGCGCCCAUGGCAUCACCGCCUCUGCAGGCGGCCAAGUCGCCCUACGGAAGGCCGCAGCCAAUGGAACCUAAGAGCCCGCCGUCUGGGCUGCUGGCGACUCUGUCGCCGAACCGACGCGGCGCCAUCAUCUUUCAGAAGUCCGACGCCUUUUACAUGGAGGACCCGUGGGUGCACCUGCUGGACUCGGCGCCGCAGUGGUCCACGGCGUGGCUCGGCGCCGAGGACAAGGUACCGCUUCAGUUUGGCAGCAGGGUGGCGCCGUCGCAGUCAAGGGGGUUGGCGCCCAGUCCGACGCUGCUGAGGGCGGCGGCACCGGCGCCCCAGCAGUACGAGGGCCUUGCACGAUGGGGGUCGAGCUGGAGGUGAUGGACAUCAGACUCCAGUGCAGCGUGCCGGAGCGAACACUGAUUACUUCUCUCUUGAUGGACGCCAUUGACGUGAUGGACAAGGACGGAUACAGUCGGCGUAUUAGUACUAUAGUACAUGCCGUGCAUAGCCAGGCAGGCAGGCUUCAGCAUUUGACGGAGCAAAGUGUGGCGCGGCCGGAACCUUGACGUCCGAUACAGUAGACCGCCACUUUUUUCAGAGGUCUUUCGAAAGAAACAAAAGCGCGAUAACCAAAGCCCCGUCCGUUCGUUCUAUUGUGCUGGCUGUGUUUCGUGAAAGUGC